AUGUCCACCGGUCAGGUAUCGGCCCUCUUAGCGCCCGUCGUCGCCCUCAAUAUCUGGACUUUCGUCAUGGAGGGCUGGAUGUACAAAACACGGAUCCCAGUAUAUUCCAAGCUCAAUCUCAGGAACACCAUUACCAGGCGCGAACUCGAUGCGGUGACGCCGGCGAAUGUUCGAUGGAAGGCAGACAAUUACAACCACCUGAUGGAGCAGCCAACUCAAUUUUACGCGAUAGCCCUCGUGCUGGCACUAGCUGGCAAGGAUGACAAGAUCGAUAUCAUUCUGACAUGGUCCUAUGUGGCCAUCCGCGUUGUGCACAGCCUAGUGCAGUCUACAAGCAACCACAUCAUGACCCGGUUUAGCCUAUUCGUAACUUCUUCGGUAAUCUUGGCGGUGAUGACCGGACGGGCUGCGUUGCUGGUCUUCUGA